AUGUUUCGGGUGCUGGCGCAGUUUAUUCAUGCCCUAGGCACGCUGCUGCUCAUAACUGGUCUAAUAUGUCAAUUGAUUUCAAUCGUCUCCUCAAAAUGGAUCAGCCACUUUCUGACCUCAGACGCCUCUGUCGUCUAUUACGAAGGACUUUGGCAUCGCUGCACUCAGCAAGCUGCUACUCCGAUUUCUCAGUGGGCUUGCUGGAAUUGGCGUGGAUUUUCCAAUGGUCAAAAGCUCGAUGAAAAUUCGACUCCAAUCAGCGUUCUUGGAGCGCGAGUUCUACUUAUCAGCGCAAUAAUUUGUUCCUCUCUUGGAUCGGCCAUCGUCUGGCUCGCGUGCAAGUGCUCAGUGUUAAUACAGGAUGGUGCAAAGCCGUGUGUUCUGCUUCUAACAGGAGCGCUCGCCUGCAUCAGUGGAAUCCUGAGCGGCACGGGAGUCACGUGGCGGGCCAUUCAGGUGCUCAAAAUGUCAAACUCUUUCUACAACCAAGAAACUAUCUCAAACUCGAACGACGAGCUAGCUAUUAGUUUCGAUAGCGGGGUCUGGUUUGGAUGGGCUAGCAUGGUCUUUCUAGUGAUCGCCGGAGUAAUUCUAGCUCUGGCGUCGCGACUGCUCCAGCCUCGCCGCUCGUAUCCCCUGCAUUCCACAAUCACGCAGCCUGUCUCAAGAUACACCGAAUACCUCUGA